AUGCACUCCGCGCACAUUCUCAAGUUGCUGGUGGCAGCCCUGUCCGCCAACACUGUCACCCAGGGCUUCAUCAUCGAUGCUGCCAUCCUCGGCCGAAACGGCGUCGAGCUGGCCCGUAGGCAAGGACUCGUAGGAGACGCACUCAACAAUGCCGCCGACGCUGUGACCGGCAGCGGCGGUGCGGCGGCGACCACCACUACCGAAGACUCCACGCCCACAACAGCCACCACAGCAGCCGAGACCACAAGCACUACUUCCAAGGAGACAACGUCUACCUCGACAUCCCAGGACGCAGCGACCACUUCGACAUCCGAGAACGCUCCUACGCCGACCACCACAUCCACCGACGACACACCUACCUCGACUUCUGCAGGCGGCAGCGCUUCACCCACAGCUUCUUCCGAGACAACGUCCGGAGGAGGAUCCAGCUCAGCCACCACAACCGCGGAGCCAGUCACCUCUACUGCCGUCGUCGUCGUCACCGCUACAGAUGGGUCGGUUAGCAGCUCAACAUCCGUCUCGGUCUCCACCCCAACUCCCGGCCUAAGCGAAGCCAACAACAGCGGCAGUAGCUCUGGCAUGUCCGACCAGACAAGGAAAACCAUCAUCGGCGUCGUCGUUGGCGUUGGAGGUGCCAUCGUGCUUGCUGUUGGAGGUCUCUUCGCCUGGAGGAUCUGGGGUCGCAAGAAGGCCAACGAGGAGAACGACGGCCUGAUGAGCUAUAACAACGGAGCCGAGGGCAAGAGCGAAGUCGGCGGACUCAACGCUGGAUCGAUCCAGGCUGGCGGUGCACGGUCUCCGUUCCAAAGCACGCUGGAGAGCUACCACGCCCCAAGUAAUGUCAACGCGUCUUCCAACUUCUAG